GCUUAUGUCUUAAAAAACCCCCGGAGGACGUGAGAGCAGUUGCUUGUGCUCAUUCUGGCAUCGAAUGCUCGGUGGGCCCCUCCUCUGAUGAAGCCUUGACCUUCAUGAAGGAGCACUUUCUGAUGGAUGAACAGGCGGUGGGGUCGCCUGUGCUGGUGAAGUCUGGUGUGGAGUACUCACGGCUUGCAGUGGAGACAGCCCAGGGGCUUGAUGGGCGCAGCCAUGUGGUCCUGUACCUGGGCACCACCACGGGAGCCCUCCACAAGGCUGUGGUGAGUGAGGACAGCAGUGCUCACCUGGUGGAAGAGAUCCAGCUGUUCCCUGCCCCCGAACCUGUUCGCAACCUGCAGCUGGCCCCCACCCAGGGCGCAGUAUUUGUAGGCUUCUCAGGAGGUGUCUGGAAGGUGCCCCGAGCCAACUGUAGUGUCUAUGAGAGCUGUGUGGACUGUGUCCUUGCCCGGGACCCCCACUGCGCCUGGGACCCUGACUCCAGAGCCUGUCGCCUCCUGUCUGCUCCUAACCUGAACUCCUGGAAGCAGGACAUGGAGCGAGGAAACCCAGGGUGGGCGUGUGCCAAUGGCCCCAUGGGCAGGAGCCACUGGCCUCAGAGCCGCCCCCAAAUCAGUGAGUGUGGGACCAAGGGAGACACAAAGGCCCUGAAGGGCUUCUGG